AUGAGUGAGCCUCAGUUCUUAUACAACCAGCCCGUGGUGCUUGAUAAUGGAUCUGGAAUAGUAAAAGCAGGGUUUAGUGGUGAGGAUAAGCCAAAAUGUUUUGAGUACGCAAUGGUUGGCAAACCAAAAUACAGCAAGAUAAUGGCAGGGGGGCUCGCUGGUGACACACAUUUGAUAGGGAAUGAAGCUCAGAGACUGAGAGGGCUUCUGAAACUUGACUAUCCCCUAGAGCACGGUAUCGUCAAAAAUUGGGAGGGGCUUGAGUUAUUGUGGUCAUACGUCUUUCGCGAGAGUUUGAACCUGAACGGCAUCGAAGAUCAUCCCGUUUUGGUCACAGAGGCACCCCUCAAUCCCGCGGUAAAUAGAGAACAUAUGUGUGAACUGUUAUUUGAGUCCUUUAAUGUUCCAGCGGUUUACGUCUCAAUUCAGGCAGUGUUAGCCCUUUAUGCUAGUGGCAGGACAACAGGUUGCGUGGUCGAUUGUGGGGAUGGGGUAUGUCACAGUGUUCCUGUGUAUGAUGGAUUCACGCUCCCUUCAGCGGUACGACGAAUUGAUGUUGCGGGUAGAGAUGUUACAGAAUUUUUACAAUUAUUGCUUCGCAAGUCCACAGGUGUUACACUUCUUUCGAGCUCUGAGCGAGAGAUUGUACGAAUAAUAAAAGAAAAGUCAUGCUAUGUGGCUCCAGAUAUAUCUACCGAGGAACAGAGAUAUGCUGGGGUUGAUAACGAGGAAUUACAAACCAAAUUCAAAUUACCAGACGGAAAAGUACUCACUAUGGGGCCCGAGAAGUUCCGCGCUGCUGAAAUCCUCUUUCAGCCUCAACUCAUAGGUUCGGAGUCUGAUGGGGUGUCUGAAAUGUGCUAUCAAAGUAUCCUUAAGGUGGAUCUAGAUUUGAGACCGUCUUUGUACUCAAAUAUCAUAUUUAGCGGAGGCUCAACAAUGUUUGCCGGAUUUGGAGACCGCUUUUUGAAUGAACUACGAACACAAUGUGAGCCUAACACUAAGAUCAAAAUAUUCGCUCCACCGGAACGGAAAUAUAGUACGUGGAUAGGUGGGUCCAUUCUUGCGGGAUUGUCUACUUUUGAAAGGCUUUGGGUAACUAAAUCUGAAUGGCAAGAAAACCCGCAAUGCGUGCAUUCACGGUUUAUGUAG